GGAGAAGCAGCGAGUGCAGAGCGUGAGGCUGAGGAACAGGACCCAUGGCCUGCAGGGGUGCACAGUCUCCUUACCUGAGUCCCGCUGUCCCCUUCCAAGGCUUCAUCCAAGGUGGACUCCGAGAUGGCCUGAAAAUCAUCAUCAAUGGACAUGUUCCUUCCUUUGGAGAAAACAGGUUCCACGUGAACCUUCAGAAGGGCAGCAGCGGCGAUGACGUGGCCUUCCACUUCAACCCUCGCUUUAGAGACGGGCUCGUGGUCUGCAACACGAAGCAGAAUGGCUGCUGGGGACCCGAGGAGAGGAAGAUGAAUAUUCCCUUCUCCAGGGGUAGUGCCUUCGAGCUGUGCAUCCUGGUACAGAGUUCAGGGUUCAAUGUGAACGUGAACGGGAACUUCUUCACCCAGUACUCACACCGUGUGCCCUUCCACCUGGUUGACACCAUCGCUGUGGCCGGUGAUGUGCAACUGUCCUAUGUCAACUUUGAGCACCCAGCUGGGCAGAAUGUGGCCAGUGCACCUCCUGUGACUCAAAUAUUCAUCCGCAAGGAAUUCAGCGUCCCGAACCAGAGGUAUCCGAGUCCUGCCAUUUCAGCUUCGGCAUACCCCCACCCCAACACAGCCUAUCCGCUACCUUACUUCACCUCCAUCUCGGGGGGACUCUUCCCAUCCAAAAGCAUCAUCAUCUCGGGCACUGUCUCGCCGAAUGCCAACAGCUUCUACAUCAACCUGCGCUCGGGGAACGACAUUGCCUUCCACCUGAACCCCCGCCUGUACGAGAACUCCGUGGUGCGCAACACGCAGAUGUAUAACUCCUGGGGGAUGGAGGAGCGCAGUCUGCCCGGCACCAUGCCCUUCGCCCGCGGCCGGAGCUUCCAAGUGUGGAUCCUGUGUGAGACCCACUGUCUCAAGGUGGCGGUGGACGGCCAGCACCUAUUUGAGUACAAACACCGCCUGACAAACCUGCCUGGCAUCAACAACCUGGAAGUCGGGGGUGACGUCCAACUGAACCACGUGCACACCUAAGCCAGGACCCCUGGCCUCCCCAGCCCACCUGCCCCGGCCCCAGUCCAGCCCGCCAAAGCCCGCCUAAGAGAGGGGCUGUUCCCAUGGGGCCACCUCUUUGCCUGGCCCUGCUUCAGCCACUGAAUACUGGGGUGCAGUGAGGGUGGCGGAGGGGUCUGUGUGGGCAGAAGGCCCAAGUUCAGUCCUGUGGUAGAGAGGGAGGGUCCCUCCCCCACAGACCUGCACCUUCUGAUCCCCUGACCCCACUCCAGUCCUAAACCAACAACUGUUUUCUCCACAAUGGGGCUGAGGGUUUAUUUUCACAGCCCCUCCCCUUUAACCUUUAACCUCUCCCUGACCUUCCCCCACCCCAAGUCUCCAGGAUGGGGCUCCAGAAUGGGGCUCAUGUC